GGGCGGGGAGGGGCGGCCGGUUGCUGUAGCUGCGGAGCCCGCGCCUCCCCCUUCGCAGCCCGGAGCGGGGGCCCCGCUGUGAGCCAGCGCUGCCCCCGGGGGUUGGGGGCGGUGAGUCCCCUCAGGGGGCGGUGGCGGGGCCGGGCUCGGGCUGCGAGCUUCCCUCCCGCUUCCCUCCCGCGUCCCUCCCGCAGGGGUCCGGCGCAGCGACCCGGUGACCCGCCGUGCCAGCCCGCGGCCUCCGCGCUACCUGAGCCAAUGCUAGAUCUGGAGGUGGUGCCCGAGCGGUCUCUGGGGAACGAGCAAUGGGAGUUCACCUUAGGAAUGCCGUUGGCUCAGGCUGUAGCAAUUCUUCAGAAACACUGUCGCAUUAUCAAAAACGUCCAGGUUCUCUACAGUGAGCAGUCACCUCUUAGCCAUGACCUCAUCCUUAACCUGACUCAGGAUGGAAUCAAACUGCUGUUUGAUGCUUUCAAUCAGAGACUUAAGGUGAUUGAAGUUUAUGACUUGACUAAAGUGAAGUUAAAAUAUUGUGGUGUCCAUUUUAACUCUCAGGCAAUUGCUCCAACCAUAGAACAAAUUGAUCAGUCAUUUGGAGCAACACAUCCAGGAGUGUAUAACUCAGCUGAGCAACUCUUUCACCUCAAUUUCAGAGGACUGUCGUUUUCUUUUCAGUUAGACUCCUGGACUGAAACCCCGAAGUACGAGCCUAACUUUGCCCAUGGUCUGGCCUCGCUGCAAAUUCCGCAUGGCGCGACUGUGAAACGCAUGUACAUCUACAAUGGAAACAGUCUGCAGGACACCAAGGCUCCCUUGAUGCCUCUCAGCUGUUUCCUUGGGAAUGUGUACGCUGAGAACGUCGACGUCCUGCGAGAUGGAACUGGACCCUCAGGUUUACGGCUUCGCCUGCUCACUGCAGGCUGUGGCCCAGGUGUUCUAGCCGAUGCCAAGAUGCGGGUAUUUGAGCGCUGUGUGUACUUCGGUGAUUCCUGCCAGGAUGUGCUCAGCACCUUGGGCUCUCCACACAAAGUCUUCUACAAGUCCGAAGACAAGAUGAAAAUCCAUUCGCCCUCGCCCCAUAAGCAGGUCCCAUCAAAGUGCAAUGACUACUUCUUCAACUAUUUCACACUUGGAGUGGAUAUUCUCUUUGAUGCAAACACUCACAAGGUGAAGAAAUUUGUCCUGCACACAAAUUAUCCUGGUCAUUACAACUUUAACAUUUACCAUCGCUGUGAAUUCAAGAUUCCACUCAUCAUUAAGAGAGAUAGUGCAGAUUCACAGACAGAAACAUGUACAACAUACAGCAAGUGGGACAGUAUUCAGGAUCUACUGGGGCACCCUGUAGAGAAGCCAGUGGUACUUCACAGGUCAUCAUCUCCAAACAACACUAACCCAUUUGGGUCAACCUUUUGCUUUGGACUGCAGCGAAUGAUCUUUGAGGUGAUGCAGAAUAAUCACAUAGCUUCUGUUACUCUGUAUGGCCCCACACGGCCCAGCAGCCAGUUGAGAACGUCGGACCUUCCCCAGUGAGCAUCCCCUGCAAAGUCAGCUAAUUUCAAUGCUACAGAAUUAGUACAGCGUGCCUUGAUUUGCUGCCACUUAUAAUAUGGAAAGCACGUUAUGAUUUUUUGUUGUUGUUUUUCAAUAAGCCUUUCCACCCAGGAGCGGUGUGGAAAGGAAAUUCUCUCAACCCUUCAUCAUGGGGCAUGGAACUUUUGAUGGAGGAAAGCAGCUUAGGUGCCUGUGCCGUCAUUUAUUCCUCUCCGUUGCCCUCAUCCUAUGCAGCACAGACCUAAAGAGACUGUCCCUCCUUCUCAGCUGGCAGAAGGGGGAAAUGGAAGAGGGGCACGUAAUGACUGCAAGAAUUAGAAGCACAAACUUUCUGAGCCUUGGAGCAUCUGGAAGCAGGUAUUGAUUUUAGUCUGUUUGUGUUACUGUAUUGAUGUGGUGGUCACAUUUUAAGAAAAAGUGUGUGUAUAUAUAUAUAGAUCUAAACACCUCGGUAUUUCUGUGGCUUAGGACAUUGUACCAAGUGUGACAAGGAUGUAUAUAUGUCCAUGAUUUCAGGCACCACAUCUUUGUGUAACUUUAAACCAAGCAAGUAGCAUGUGCAUAAUACUUGGUUGUAACAUUUGCACUACAUACACUUUAAUUACUUGAUAAACGUUUAUCUUCACUGAGGAGCAUCUGUGUACUGGGUGUGAGUGGGGUGUGGUGGUUAUUUAAUGUACACUGCGCAUAAAGCUUAUUUAUACAGUGGAUCAAAUUUAUCCACCUUCCUGCACUAAUAUGUACUUGAUAUGCUAAUACAAUUUUUUUCUGUCAUGGCUGGUUUACUAAUUUUUUUUCAUAUGCAAUUUCGAAAGAAAAUAAUUCUGGAAGGGGUUAUUUCUAUGAUUGAAUUAUGUUUUAAUGAAAAGAUUUGAUACGAUUUUUCAUACUAGUGAAAAAUUUAACGAAGAAAUAAUGUUGCCUCAUUUGCCUCUGUUCCAAAAUCCUUUAUCCCUCCUCUAUUUCCUCAGAGAAGGAAAAGCUGUAUAUAAUGGUAUCUCAGAAAGACGUUCUGGAAUUCCGCCAUCACCGAGAUAACCUUUUCUGUAACUUUUGAUGUAUGAUUUUAAUUUAUGCCAAAGGUUUAGCCAAAGACAUCCUUGCUGUAGUUUCACCAUUUCUGUACAUAUAUGCUAACUGCACACCCCACCCCAGCAGACAGGAUAUAGGCUUCUUUCUAGUUGGGAGAUGCUGCUCGCGACAUUUUAUCCCAGGAGGAUACUUUAGGUUUCUAGUUCUCUUACCAGUCUUAUUUGAGAGAAAUAGGUGGUCUGUCUUUGAAAUAAUGAACCCUUUUUAAAAAUGGACAAGAGAAAUGUAUAAUUUUAUCCCAUUUUUAAUAUUUUGGUGUCGCAACUUGUGAUACAUAGAUGACAAUUUUGUGAGUUUUACUAUGUGUGUACAGAUUUUUGUAAAUAUGACAUUUUUGUAAUUUGAACUCCAUGUACAGUGUAAUCCUGUAUAGUUUAUCAAUGAAUGAGAGAUAGGAAGUUGACUGUUAACUGAAGUUUUGGAUCCUGGACCAGUAGCAGGGAUAAAUGUGUGUGUGUGUGUGUGUGAGACAUUCUUUGCCAUUUAGUCUUCCUGUAUACUGUGAUACUCUAAACUGAUUUUGCUAAAACAAACAAAAAAGCCCCAUGGAGAAUCUAAUGGAUAAGGAAAAAGUUACUGUUUACCUUUAUCCCUAGGUGUCACUCCUGUUGAAUCCCUGUUCAAUCUGUGCUGUCUCCUGUGAUCGUUGCUUGCUAAGAAAAUUCUAUGCCUCAAUCUUCCUUUUUGUUUCCUCUCUAAUUUUAAUUUCAUUUUACAUAGCCCUUCUGUAAAUUAAAUGGAAUAAUGAGCAUGUACACUGAAAGAAAAAUAAAAAGAGACUCUCAGUUACUGUUUUUGUGUUAAAUGCAGUUGCUGGGUGUUUUUGUAAUAAAAUCAUGGAUGUUCUUGCUUUUUGUUUUCUUACCA